GGAAGGAGCGGGGGGUGGGGGCUCUCUCUGUGCCUCCGCACGGAUGGGCUCAGCAUUAUCCAGGGCUGUAAUCCCCCCUGCUCCGGUAAUUAAAAACUCCGCAUUACAAGGAAAACGGUGUGCAGGGAAAUGUAAUCAAGUCUGGAGGGGCUUAACCAUCUGGUAAAGGUUAGGACCGGCACGGCGGGGGACGCGGCCGGGGGAUUUGGCAGCCGCCGCGAUCCGGGCUCCUCUUAAUCUACCGCGGGGACGAACGCAGCAUCUGCGGGGUAAUACCGGUGCCCCGGGCAGCGAUCGGUCUCGCUGGAGCUCCCACCGCCGUUAACGGGACCUCCCCGGGGCUAGCCACCUUCCCAGGUGCGCCCGGCUCCAGUAGACCGAUUCUGGUGUGGCACCGGGGCCCGGACUGCGUCCUCUCCCCGGGGCCAGCAGGGAAAGGGUUAAGCGGCCGCCGGUGGCUGCGGCUCGGCCCCAAAGCUCCGGGCAGGGCCCUCCCCCCCCGCCCCCGGGAGCCCGAAACUCUUUGGAAGUGCAAGGGAUGAGCAAAGGUGAGGGGGGACCCGGCGGCGCGGGUGGGACCCCGCGUCCCCGGAAGGGCUGCGGGGCCAUGGGGACCGGGCCAGGCUCCGGGCCAUGGGGGCAGCUCUUCCUCCGCUCCCUCCUCUUCCUCCUGCUGGCCGGGGCUCCGGCACCGCGACUGGCGAGCGGGCAGCUGCGCUACGCCGUGCCGGAGGAGCUGGAGCAUGGAGCCUUCGUGGCCAAUCUGGGCGAGGACCUGGGGCUGGACGUGUCCACCCUGUCAGCACGGCGGUUCCGCAUCGUGUCGCGGGCCGGGGCCAGGCAGCACCUGGAGGUGAACCUGGAGAACGGGAUCCUCUUCGUGAACGAGCGGAUUGACCGGGAGGAGGUGUGUGAAGCCAGGGGAACCUGCCUGCUGCACCUGCAGCUCCUCGUCGAGAGCCCGCUGGAGCUCUACCGUGUUGAGGUGGAGGUACUGGACAUCAAUGACCACGCGCCCACCUUCCCCUGGCAAGAGUAUGUGCUGGAGGUGGCCGAGUCCGCUGUGCUCGGUGCCCGCUUCCCACUGGAGAGCGCCCAGGAUCCUGACGUGGGUACCAACUCGGUGCACACCUACCGGCUCAGCCCCAACGGUUUCUUUUCGCUCGAGGUGCAGACGCGCAGUGACACCAGCAAGUUUGCAGAGCUGGUGCUGGAGCGCGCCCUCGACCGCGAGCAGCAGCGUGUGCACCGAGUGCUGCUCACUGCUCUUGACGGCGGUGUCCCCGAGCGCUCAGGCACAGCUCACAUCCUCGUCACUGUACUGGAUGCAAACGACAACGUGCCUGCCUUUGACCAGCCCUCAUACGGCGUGAGCCUUCCUGAGGAUGCCCCUGCUGGCACCCUGGUCAUCCAGCUCAAUGCCACUGACCUGGAUGAGGGCCCCAACGGGGAAAUCGAGUACUCCUUCAGUGGGCAUGCACCACCACAUGUCCGGGAGCUCUUCCACAUAGAGCCCCGGAGUGGGCAGGUGCUGCUGAAGGGCUCCCUGGACUAUGAGCGGGCAAGCCUCCACGAGCUCUAUGUGCAAGCCAAGGACCGUGGACCCUCAGCUGUGGCCGUGCACUGCCGGGUGCUUGUGCACCUCCUCGAUGUGAAUGACAACGCACCAGAGGUGACCCUCACCUCUGUGUCUACGCCUGUGCUGGAGGAUGCCCCACCAGGCACUGUCAUCGCUGUCAUUAGUGUUCUGGACCGGGACUCUGGGGACAACGGGCGUGUGAGCUGCGAGGUUGGCCCUGAUGUACCCUUCGAGCUCCGCUCCUCCUUCCGCAACUACUACACGCUGGUCACCACGCAAGCGCUGGACCGGGAGGUUGUGCCCGAGUACAAUGUAAGCAUCACAGCACGGGACAUGGGCUCCCCUGCCCUGCUGACCCGCAGCACCCUCACUGUCCCGGUGUCCGAUGUGAACGACAAUGCCCCACACUUCCUCCAGCCCUCCUACAGCGUCUACGUGAUGGAGAACAAUGCGCCAGGCGCCUCCAUCUGCUCCGUCAGUGCAUUGGACCCCGACUGCCAACAAAACGCCUACCUGUCCUACUCUAUUGCUGAUGGGCACAUCCAUGGCAUGCCUGUGGGCACCUAUGUGUCUAUCAACUCGGACAGUGGGCACAUGUAUGCCCUGCGCUCCCUCGAUUAUGAGCAAAUCCGCAGCUUCCAGAUCGAGGUACAAGCACAGGACGCGGGUUUCCCCCCACUCAGCGCCAACGUCACUGUCCACAUCUUUGUGCUGGACCAGAAUGACAAUGCUCCGGUCAUCGUUUCCCCCAUGCCCCGCAACGGCUCCGUGGCCACCGAGCUGGUGCCGCGAUCAGCCAGGCCUGGCUACCUCGUGGGCACAGUGUCAGCGGUGGAUGCGGAUGCAGGGCUGAACUCCCGUCUCUCCUACCAGCUCCUCCAGGCCACUGACUUCACCCUCUUCAGUGUGGCACCAGACACGGGCGAGCUGCGUACCCUCCGCUCCUUUCUGGAGCAGGAUGCAACCCAGCAGCGGCUGGUGGUGCAAGUGCGGGAUGGUGGGCAGCCAGCCCUCUCUGCCACUGUGUCUCUCCUCCUUUCGGUGGUGGAGACCAUGCCUCAGACUCUCUCUGACUUCAGUGAGUUCAGCCUCCCCCCAGAGGCCUCCUCAUCCUCCCCACUUACCCUCUACCUCCUUGUUUCCCUGGGCUCCAUCUCCUUCACCUUCCUCCUCGCCAUCCUCAUCCUCACGGCCAUUCGGUGCCGCAGAGAGCAGCGCUCCUGCCAGGGUGACAGCUGCUCACCACCCUGCUGCCACUGCUGCCCCGGGUCCAGACCCUCCUCUGAUGGCCUGAAGACAUCCAACCUGAUGGUGCAGCCCUCCGCAGGGACCACAGCUGCCACCUGCCUCGAUGUACCCGGGGGUGGCCCCCCAGGCUACUGCUACAAGGUCUGCCUUGGUCCUGAGUCUGCCCAGAGUGACUUCAUGUUCCUCAAACCCUGCAGCCCCCCCAGGAAUAACGAGAAGGAUCCCGGGAAGCUGUCCCGGCCGGGACAGCAUCUCCAGGUCUCCAAGCAGAUCAAGCAGCCCAACACGGACUGGGUGCCUCCAAGCACGCAACGACCUGCCCUGAAGAGCUCCCAGAGCCUGGAGGACGUGGGGGAAAUCCGCAGGGCCCUCCAGAAGGAGCACGAGAGGCUGUGCACACUGGUGACUCCUGUCUCUGAGUUUCAGAAGGCUUCAGCAGGCACUAACAGCAUCUGGACACCACAGUACAGCCCCUUGUACCCAGGGCACAUCCCAGCCCUGGAUUAUCAGCACAAUGUCUACAUCCCCGGCACCCCAACUCUGCUUUCCAGCAAAGAUGGGCCCCUCUUCCUGGGCCGGGAGAACAAGAACAGCUUCUCCACCUUUGGCAAGAGGAAGAAGAUGACAACUUACUGUGACAUGCAUGACAGUGUGGUUAUCAACAAUGACCUGAAAUAGUGACCAGUGCUGGGCCUGGAUGGCUCUGCCCAAGGCCCUGGGAAUCACUUGCAUUAUUUCAGCUGCUAGGUCCACCAGCAGCACACAGCUUGCUGUAUGGAUCACUCAGCUUUGCGGGGCUGCUGGGAUAGUGGCUCACCAGAGUGUGGGGAAAGGAUUUAAGGAGCAAGAGACUGAAAAGUGAUAGGGAUGGGCAGGGGAAGGGGCGGGGGGGCAUUCCUCCCAUCUUAUCCUGCAGAGCUGUGUUGGCAGCAGGUGCUGUUGGGGGUCCAUAUGACCAGAUUUAAGCAAAUCUGCCUUGAGUUUACCCAUUCCCAUGUCCCCUUAGGGACCAUCCAUCUCUGUAAACAUUGUCACUUCUUUGUCUUGUCUGGCUGUGUGAAUGUACUGAGCUGCAUGCCUGUAUUUCUGUCCCAGUAGGCAUGGAAAAUGUAUGCAGACCAAGUCUGGUUCAGUCAAGCCUGACCCUGCAUACUGGGGCAGUGACCAUUGCUCUGUCCCUGAGAUCCAGUGGGUUGUGUUGCAUGUCUAGAGCAGCUGGUGGCCUGUCUUCUCCAGGAAGUGAGUGCAAAACCCAGACAUUAUGGGUGCUUCCCUUCAAACCCUGACCCAACAAUUGCAGGGCUGGGGACCCGAAGUCCAGGACACAGCCUGGGUCAGGACACAGCCAGUCUUUCCUUUGGGAGCAGCAUGAGCUGGAGCACAUACAGAUUGGAUGGUCAGAAGAGCUGUUAGGUUAAGCAGCUGAGAGAUGCACAAGGUGACGCCCUUCUGGCUAACUCUGUAGCCCAAGGCAACAUCAUCUGAAUGAAAGACAGUUUCCAGCCACUGGAGCGGCCCCAACACAGGUGACAGUCCUUUUCCCUCCUCCCCCUGCCCUCACACGGAUUCUCUGUUUUCCCCAAGCCCUGAAUGCCUGGGAGAACCCCUGCACUGGGGGCCCCACCUGCAUAGGACAGACAUCUCCCACUGUGCCCUGCUUCUCUUUGAGGACUUUUAGCUGGCUCUCAGGAGCCCUCAAGGGCAGGACUCCAGCCCUGGAACAGUCUCUCCCCUGCCCUGCUCACCCUACACCUGUCCACCCAGUCUGUCUGCCACCAUUGCCAAUCGCUUCUGUCACGGGACAGUUCAUUUCCAAUCCAUCUGUGCAGAACAUGACAGCUCUUUCUAAAGCAAGUUUGUUUCACAAUGUCUGAUUUGUACCAAUAAAUUGUAUUUUAAUAGCUCACUCUGGCUCCUGGCUGUCCCUGAGCUGCACAUGACAGCAGGAAUUGCUGCUCAGCUCUUGGAGCAGAGCUCUCCACUCCAGGAGACACGUGUCCCUCUGUCCUCCUUAGUUGCUGGAGCAGCCCAGGAGAGCUCAUUUUAUUCACUUCACCUGCAUGCUGGGGGCUCAAGGUCCCCUUCCGUCCUUCCCUGGACUCAGGAGCACUUUGGGUUCAUGGCCAGGAGGAGCCAUGUGCUGGAGAUGUCACACAGCUCCUUGCUCCAUGCUCCAGCUUGGGGAGACACUCUGCAGGGAUUUGCACCAAGGCAUGGACAUAAAGGGCUUUGAACUGCUGGGGAGAGGGGCUGGAUCUGGCAGUAAUGGCUUAUUGUUGUUAUCAUGCAUUGCUUUCUAUGGUUCAUUUAAGUUUUCCCCUGGAUGCUUGCCACCCACCAGCUUGCCUUGGGAGUCGCAGAGAUAGCCUGGAUGUGUGCCAGGUGUAGGGACCAACUGCCUGGGAAUAGGCAAGCCUGUAUCUGCUGGUGGGAUGACUCUUGACUUGAUGUAGGAAGCAGUUCGCUUCUGGAUGAAGUCCUGAGAUGGCCACGCCAUGGCUGUCCUUUUCUUACCCCCCCACUUGCUCAGCGACUGGCUUGGGGAGGCUGCAAUGAAGCUUUUGGGAUUAACCCAGGAAAGUCCUUGUCUACAAGUGGGUAACAUGCUCUUUAGUGGAAGCGGGGGGGUAGGGAACACUCAAAGAGACCCCAUGGGAUUCAGGGACCCAGGACGACAGUGCUUUGGACAUGAAAGGGACCUCGCUGCUUCUGGUGACUUCAGUCCCUGCUCACAUCUGCCUGACUGUGAAUAGAUGAAAUAUUCCCUGUCCUAAUCAGAUGGUAGGAUGGAGGAUUUUAUGCUGCUGAAUGUAUUCUUCAAUGGUCUCUACAGAGCAUUAAGGUUAAAAAAAGAAUCCCAAACAGCCACUGCCUGAGACCUCUGUACAGCAUUAGCUUGUUUCACUGCUUCGAAAGAACAAAAGAAUUAUGUAAAGUGAUACAAUAAAUUUAAUAACAGCCUCAAGAAGUAAUAAAAACAUCAGAUGGACCUGACUCCCUGUGGGGCAGCAAGCAUCUCCCUUCCCCGAAUUAGCUCUUGCAACAUCUUCCCUGCCAUUUUCAGAUGGUGUUGGCCAGCCAUUAGGAGACGACUGCAGCCCAAGUCCAGCAGAGGGGCUCAGCCACAUCCCCUCUGCAGCAGGGCCAAGCCGUUAGCUGUGUUUUAGCUCAGGCAGCAAAAGCACCCAGUGCAUGUGCUUCACGGUAUCCAGAAUCUAAAGGAACGCAUGGAGCUGGCGCUUUGUAUCAGAUUCCCAGGUGUGGCUUCCCAAAGGGAAAUUGAUCUCAAAAUUGAUCCCCCAAACCAUAGGCAUUUGAAACUGACACUUUGUAUCCCUGUCUUUGGAAUUUCGUGGGGGUCAGCAAUCAAGUGGCCAGGUUUUGCCACGUCCCCGCGAGUGUGUCACUCUGCAGUGUAUUUUCUUGGCAUUUUUUAACCCCUACUACUAAGGCUCAACUGACGCCCAGUAAAUUGCCUCCCUUUCCUCUCCAUUACUCCUGGCUGUCCUCAGCCCAGGAGAUGAGAUAGAUACACACACACGUCUGCGCCUCUUGCUGAUCCCCAGGUUUGCAUGUUCGGGUCAGGCCUCUUCCAAAAGGGAUUUGAGGGUCAACGCAGUGCCCAGCCCAGGCCCCAACACCCCACAUUCCCUGAGGAUCUCCUUUUGCUUAGUUGAAGGAAACCCCGCACUGACAAGAGCUCAGUUUCAAUCUUUCUUCUCGAUCAACAUAGUGAGAAAAAGGACAAUAAAAAGGGACUUGCUUUAGGGGAGAGAGCACUUGCUUAAACCUAAUUCAACAACACUACUAUACCUUCUUCAAAGGGCACGCCUGGUCAGAAUCGUCCAUCUAAUAGAUGAGAUCUCUUUUGAAGAUCUCCCGCAGGGACAGGGUGUCAUAAAAAAUGCAAGGUCUUUGCCCUACAACCAGUUAUUUUUACAACUCUUCCUGUGCUUACACUCCUGCACAGUUCAUGAGCAUUAGCUGGUUUCUGUAGUCUGGUAAUGCACUGGGCAUGAGAGCUGCUUUGGAGACAUACUCAACAGAACGCUCUCUAUAUGCUCCUCUCAUACAUUCCGGCUCUCUCAGAGAUCCAGAGGCAAAUCUGGCUUUCAGGGACCUGCCAGCCAGCUUGAGAUUUGCUUCUACAACAGCAGGAAAGCUGCCAUGUGGUGCAGUUGGCUGCAAAAUGCUGCAGGCCAUGCUAGGCAGGCACAUAGCGCUGCUGGGCACCAGCACAAAUCGGGGGUUUUUGGUGUGCUCUUGCUAUUGCUGACUAGACUCUUUGGAUGGAAACAUUACUUACAUCUCUGUAAUGACUUGAAAGUGUAUACCAGAGAGACAAAAUGAAUCCAGAGGUAGAGAGAAAAGGGGCCAGAGAGAAGGACCUAGAAUGGCUGGUGCUCAGCUCUACUCCAGUCUGCCAUGCAUGGAGUCAAGUAGCAGCCAAUGAAGCCCACAGGAAACCUUAGUGGGGAUGCAGCACUCUGCAUGCGGUCAGGUUAGGCUGGGUAGAGCCAUGAAUACAGGUGGUGUCAGUUCCCCAGAGGGGUCAGUAUCGGCAGGACAGAGCUAAAAUCCAUGGGGACCAGUGGGAGUCUGCGCAUUGACCUUGCAGGGUUCUGGAUCUAGCCUAAAGUCUGUGGCACUCAGUGGUUAAUUAACAGUGAAGUCUGUGGCACUUGGUGGUUAAUUACAGUCUCCGAAGAUGCUAGGGCUCUGUUUUCCUGUGUUCUUUUCUCACUUGAAGAUGACGCUGGAACAAACACACCUUAAUUUAGCCAAGACUGGGUCAAGGUCCAUGCUGAUUUCUUUUCAAAUUGCCUCAGUGUCUUAAAUAUGUCCCUAGACUCACCCUACAGAACAGCCUGCUGUUCUUGGCUGGAUCCCCUCCUUCCUUCUUGAUCUCAGUAGGUGUUUUGUAGAAAUAAAUAUCCUUUAGCUUUUCUUAUAAUAAUUUAGCCUCUGCCACACUGAAAAAUGGUCUGCAUGAUUGUCACAUGCUCAUUUUCUCUGUUCCUUUGCACCUUUUCUUUUUUUUACUCUCUGAAAACAUUAGUUGCCAAGUCCUCCACAGAGAUCAGAGGAAGAAACAGGCCUGGGCUAAGUGAAGCUUUUGACUCCCCAGUUUGCCUAUAAUGUGUUUUCAGUCUAAGUGGUGGAAAUGUCACUGACUCUGUUUGUAGCAUUCACUUAAGUGGAAUUAAUGCUUCUUGUUAGUGAUAAUAUGACUUAAUCAGCUUAAUUAUUGUAAGACAUAAGUAGACACCUUUGUGUAUUGAAUAACUUAUGACAUACUGGACGAAAAAGCAUGAGUGAAGGCUUUGAAAAUAAAUUAAAU